AAAAACUAAAAAUUGACUUUGUCACAGUCAAAUCAGAUUCGUGGGAAUUUGCCAAACAGAGACCACAGAACAGCGUAGGAUGUGACACGUGUCGCAAUCCGGAAGAUAACAGAGAAAACAAAACAUUCCCUGAUUAAAAUCCAAAACAAAACCUCAAGAGGGGAUCCAUCCAACGAAGAACUAAUAAUGGCGGCGGUUUUUCUCUUUGCUUGCUUUCUCGUAUUGUCUCUGUCUCCCAAUUAACGACUGUUUUUGGUUUCGGCGAUUCGGAGACGUAAUUGAGAUUGAUUGAUGAUGGGUUUACAUUUACUAAUGGAGGAUGAUGAUGAUAACGGCGAGGUUUUGCUUCCGCCGAAGAAUUUCUGGGAGGUGGAAGACGGAAUAUACCGAUCUGGGUUUCCUCAGCUCGAGAACUUCGGUUUCUUAUCAACUCUUAAUCUUAAAUCCAUCAUCUACUUGUGUCCUGAGCCAUACCCUGAGGAGAAUCUCAAGUCUCUUGAGUCCAACAACAUCAAGCUUUUCCAUUUUGGUAUCCAUGGCAAAACGGAUCCUCCAACUCCUAUGCCAAAGGAUAGAGUCUUGAGUGCUCUUAGAGUACUUGUUGAUGUUAGAAAUCAUCCAGUUCUCAUCCACUGUAAGCAAGGAAAGCAUAGGACAGGUUGUCUUGUGGGAUGCUUGAGGAAAGUUCAGAACUGGUGCUUACCUUCUGUUCUUGAGGAAUACCAGAAGUGUGCCGGUUUGAAGUGGAGACAAAGAGAUUUAAGGUUCAUAGUAGAGUUCGAUGUGCUCGGAUUAAGGCAGUGUUUAUACAGCAUAAUCUAUCAGUACAAUGGCUAUGGUCUCAAGAGGAGAAAGCUGAUGUACCAAGGAGAGAAUGUUGUCCAAGGACAGCAUAAACCUCAAGCCACCAAAGGGUGAAUAGAAGCUUGAAAUCGGAUUUUGAUACUUCUCUUUCUAGAUAUUGAUUCUUUACAUUUGUGGUAGUGAUGAUGAUGACUAUUCUUUUGAGUUUAGGUAGACUACAGAGUUUAGUAUUAGUUGUUAAAACCUUGAGAAAAACAGAGGAAUUGAUUUGGUCUUUUUUUUU